GCCGGCGCUCCCUGAAGGGUGGCGGGACCGCGGAAUCGCAGAGAUGACUGAGGCUGAUGUAAAUCCAAAGGCCUACCCCCUUGCAGAUGCCCACCUCACCAAGAAACUACUGGACCUUGUUCAGCAGUCAUGUAACUACAAGCAGCUUCGGAAAGGAGCCAACGAAGCCACCAAAACCCUCAACAGAGGCAUCUCUGAGUUCAUCGUGAUGGCUGCAGACGCUGAGCCUCUGGAAAUCAUCCUGCACCUUCCGCUGCUGUGUGAAGAUAAGAACGUGCCCUACGUGUUUGUGCGCUCCAAGCAGGCCCUCGGGCGGGCCUGUGGGGUGUCCAGGCCUGUCAUUGCCUGUUCUGUCACCAUCAAAGAAGGCUCGCAGCUGAAGCAGCAGAUCCAGUCCAUUCAGCAGUCCAUUGAAAGGCUCUUAGUGUAAACCACUGGCCUCUGUCCCACUCCUCACUGAGUCCAGUCCUCCCCGUGGGGUUGUGUAUCAUAUCGUCUGUUCACAUGUAGUUUCUCCAGCUACCUUCUCUUGUUAUAUUCUAGUACUAAAUCCGGGUUUUGCAUUUUUGUAUUAUUUUUGUUUUACAGGUGGUUCUCUGUAUAUUAAUCCCCCACCCCACCUCUGUCUCCCAUUCUAUUCUCUCUCUACCAUCCUGUCCUCCCUUUUGGAAAAUGAACUAAUGCUGAGAACAGGCAGAAACAGAGUGGUGACACCAUUCAGAUGCAGGGAAGAGCCUCGUUAGAGAUCUGGUUUGAGCUCACUUCCUGUUGCAUGUAGGACAUGGUGGAUGUAAACACCAUUCACUUUGUAUCCUUUGUGCCUGGAGUACAGAAUCAUUCCAUAUGUGUUUGGUCUCUAGGGGAUUAUGGAUCAUUAGGGGAGAAAGCAUGUAUUCUUUGAGGUUGUUAGAUGUGUGUCCAAGUGUCAUUUGCCAAUAUGCUCCUGCUGUUUGCUUUGGUAAUGUGAUGUUCCCCUUUCCCCCAAAUCCCAACCAUGCCCCUGAGGGUGGCAGGGCAGCAGCAUACCAAAGAGAUGUGCUGCAAAAUUCCAGAGGCUGCCUGGGUGAGUUAGACAUGGGGCAGCUGAUGUAAGGAGUUGAGAAGUGGCUAC